CCUUCCACUCGUCUUAUUCUCCCUGCUUCUCAGUGCUUCUUCUAUGCAACUAUAUACUUUUACUUUUACUAUCUGUUUUCUUUUCAUGUAAAUUUACAUUGAAAAUGAAAAAAAUAUGAAUAUAUUUUAGGUCGUGACAUCUUUUACAUUUUUAUGUUAAUUUAUUAUCCAAAGAGGAAUUCAUUAUCGCAGCUUUUACAUUUAGAUUUGAGAAUGAGAGUUCUAUACUGAUUGUACCUUGCUGAGUGACAGUUGUGAAAGCGGAUGUUUAGUAUUAAAAAUAUUAAAAAGGCAAAAAUAAUUUUUUGUACUUUUUUAUCUUAUCAGACUUGAUUGUGAUUUAAAUUUAUUUCGCUUGAAAAUGGCUUUACGAACGAUAUUAAAUACUGGGAGAAAAAUAUAUUCUGGUAUUCAAGAAGAAUGUAUACUGUCGAAAAACAUGCAUUCGAAUAUAAAAGUUGCACCAUUACAAAAGGCUGCUUUGGAAGAACGAUGUAUUUUAAUUGAUGAAUUUGAUAAAUCAAUUGGCGAAGCAACGAAAAAAUAUUGUCAUUUGAUAAGUAAAGAGGGUAGUGUUCCUCUUCACAGAGCAUUCAGCGUUUUUCUUUUUAAUGCAAAUGGAGAUCUAUUAUUGCAAAAAAGAUCUUCCACAAAGAUAACUUUUCCGGAUCAUUUUACUAAUACGUGCUGUAGUCAUCCACUAGCGGAAAUCUCAGGUGAAUCGGAAGAACAUGACGCUCUCGGCGUUCGUAAAGCGGCUCAACGAAGAUUAAACUUUGAAUUGGGAAUUCCUUUAAAUGAAAUAUUGCCAAACGAUUUGUUUUACCUGACGAGAAUUCAUUAUCAAGCAUUGGGCGAAUCUUGCUGGGGCGAACAUGAAAUAGAUUAUAUUCUUUUCGCUCAGAAAGAUAAAAUUACAUUAGAUCCAAAUCCUGACGAAAUAAGCGAAAUUCGUUGGAUCCCUCGAUCUGAAAUUGAAAAUUUUAUCAAGACCACAAAAGAUCCUCUAACUCCAUGGUUUAAACUUAUAUCGGAACACAAACUUACCAUGUGGUGGGAUAAUUUAAAUAAUCUUGAAAAGUUUUCUGAUCAUUCUACAAUUCAUCGUUUUCUGUGAAGAUGAUUGUUUUUACAUUAUCACAGUAAAAACCCCAUUAUCGGGACUAAAUGAUGCAGGCAGGCAGGCAGGCAGGCAGGCGUCCGGAUAAAAUAGAGUUCACCAAAUUUUAUAAUUAUAUUAUCCACUUAGACAUGUAUUUAUUUAAAACGUUCGAAAUAUAAUUAUUAGGAUGCUUAUGAAGGCAGUAUAAAUAAUUAUGUUUUAUACAAAUGGUUAUCAAUUUUCAUCACUUUUUAGUUAAAAUACUAUAAUGGGGUUUGUACUGUAUUUUUUUGCAAAUAUAUAUUUUUACAAUAAAAUGUUCUUUUGACCUGUA